AUGAGCGUCACUUCCUGGUUCCUGGUGAGCAGCAGUGGCACCCGCCAUAGGCUACCACGAGAGCUCAUCUUUGUGGGGCGUGAUGAGUGUGAGCUCAUGUUGCAGUCCCGCAGCGUGGACAAGCAGCAUGCUGUCAUCAAUUAUGACCAAGACCGGGAUGAGCACUGGGUGAAGGACCUGGGCAGUCUUAAUGGGACGUUUGUCAACGAUGUGCGCAUCCCGGACCAGAAGUACAUCACCCUGAAGCUCAAUGAUGUCAUCCGCUUCGGUUACGAUCCCAACAUGUACGUGCUGGAGCGUGUGCAGCACCGUGUUCCUGAGGAGGCGCUCAAGCAUGAGAAGUACACCAGCCAGCUGCAAGUGAGCGUCAAGGGCUCUGUGCCCAAGAGAGGCGAGCCACUGCCAGAGCACACACCCUACUGCGAGUCCUCACACCCCAGGCCAGAGAAGGGGGACCGAAAACCUGGAGGAGAAGCGGUGGCUUACCGCACGCCCCUGUAUGGGCAGCCCUCCUGGUGGGGUGAAGAUGACAGUGCUACAUCACCCGAGGAUCGGCGCCAGGAGGAGCCUUACCAAGAGCGUCCCAAGGAGCCAUUGCCACAGGAUGGCGAGCUGGACGGCUUUCGUACCUCUGUUGAGCCUCAGGGCUACUCAUUCCGGCGUGAGCCCAGCUACUUUGAGAUCCCCACGAAGGAGGUCCCGCAGCCAUCACGGCCCCCAGAGGUGCCCACGAAGGAUGAGGAGAUGGACAGUGGUGGGGUUGCCCCAGUGGUACAGAGCCAUGCCUCCUUCACCAUUGAGUUUGAUGACUGCAGUCCUGGCAAGGUGAAGAUCAAGGAUCACAUCACCAAGUUCUCCCUGCGCCAGCGCCGGCCCCCCGGCAAGGAGGUCACACCUGUGGAUAUGGUCUCUGCUGAGACCAAGGUGGCCGAUUGGCUGGUGCAGAAUGACCCAAGCUUGCUGCACCGGGCUGGCCCAGGGGAUGAUCGCCACAGCACCAAGAGCGACCUGCCCGUCCACACCCGUACCCUGAAGGGCCACAAGCAUGAGGAUGGCACACAGAGCGACUCAGAGGACCCCUUGGCCAAGGCAGCCUCCAUGGCAGGGACCUCCACAGAGGCCUGUGGGGAGCAGGUGCGGCUGCAGAGGCAGAUCAAGCGGGACCCCCAGGAGCUGCUGCACAACCAGCAGGCAUUCGUCAUUGAGUUCUUUGACGAGGACACUCCCCGUAAGAAGCGCUCUCAGUCCUUCACACAUACCCCAUCUGGGGACCCCAAGGCUGACAAGCGUCGUGGCCCUGGGGCUGCUGACAGAGAGCGCCCCAGUGCCCCGGCCCGCACAUCAGGCAGCAGCUUGGGACCACAGAGAGCCAGCUCGCUCAAACGGGAGAAGACAGAGGAGCGGUUAGGAAGCACUGCACCUGCCACCCGCACCCCCGGCCGCCCCUUUGGCAGCGUGGGGCGCCGCUCCCGCCUGGCUCAGGACUUCAUGGCCCAGUGCCUGCGUGACAGCUCCCCGGCCUCCCGGCCUGGCCCUGAGAAGGUACCCUCAGUGAUGCCUGCCCCUCUGACGCCCCGUGGGACCAGCCCUGUGGCCCCCUCAACCCCUCCACCCACUCCAGCUGACCCCCAACUGACCAAGGCUCGCAGACAGGAGGAGGAUGACAGCCUUAGUGAUGCAGGCACCUACACCAUCGAGACAGAGGCGCAGGACAGGGAGGUGGAGGAGGCCCGAAAGAUGAUUGACCAGGUUUUUGGGGUAUUUGAGUCCCCUGAACUCUCCAGAGUGUCCUCAGCCACUUUUCGCCCAGUCAUCAGAGGAGAUAGAGAUGAGUCUAGUGAUGGGGGCGUGGCCCAGCGGAUGGCCUUACUACAGGAGUUUGCUUCCCGGCCUCAGUGCACAGUCCCCCAGGUGGAGCACCAGGGCCUCCUGCUUCCAGGCUCCCCUGGGGGUCAGAAGUGGGUAUCUCGCUGGGCCAGCCUGGCUGACAGCUACUCAGACCCAGGUCUGGCAGAGGAUGGCCCUGGACACAGAACUGGAGAGCCUGAGGGGACACUACCUGUGCGUACACGGCGACUGCUCCCUCAGCUACCCAGUGACAGGUCUGACAGCCCUGCAGGCCCCGAGGCUGCCAGGAGAAGUGGGCCAGGGCCACCAGAGCUGGGCAGUGAGCAGGCCAGCCACCUCGUGGGCCAAGAGGACUUGGACCCUGACAGCCUCAGUGAUGCCAGUGGGUCAGACGGGGGCCGGGGCCCUGACCUUGGCAUGGAGCAGCAGGGGGAGAGACGUAGGAGCCCUCAGGAGGGACCAGCAUGGUCCAGAGGCCAGCGCUCUCCAAGGGUCCCUGGGGAGCCAGCCCCCACCUCUUUCUUCAUUGGGGACCAGAACGGGGAGAGCACCUUCCCCAGGAAACCAUUUGUAGCUCCUGGGGAGGUGGAAGGCUCAGGGAGGGUGGCCCAGACCAGCCCCCCAGCAGGGGAUGGCAUGUACGUCAGCACCAGUGGGCGGGUGAUCAUUCAGCUGCACACAGGGCGGUCCGCAGAGCCCAACAGCACUGGCCCAGUUCCACCCAAGGAGGCCCUGGCCUUUGUCCGACAAGAAAGCUUCACCAAGGAGCCGGACAGUGGCCCCUCAGCACCUGGCAAGCUCCCACACAUCUCCAGCCACCCCCUCCUGCAGGACCUGGCCACAGCCCGAGCCUCGCGCAUGGACUUCCACACUCAGGACACCCACCUGAUCUUGAAGGAGACUGAGACAGCCCUGGCGGCCCUGGAGGCCCGACUGCUCUCCAAGUCUGCAGAUGAAGUGGGUGAGGAGGGCAGCACCCCCAGGCCACUGGAGGACUCCUUGUCUGGGGAUUCAGAUGUGGACACAGCCAGUACUGUCAGCCUGCUCAGUGGUAAGAAUGGACCCGGCCCAAUGACCCCCCAGACCCCAGGGCCACAGAAGGAGACUGUGCUGUCUCCGCCAGCAGCACCAGACCCAGGGGGUGCUGCCCUGGGCAAUGCCAGAGACCGGCUGUCAGAGAAGCAAAAUCGCCCACCAUGCCCAACAGACCUGGGCCGCGGAGAUGCAGCCCGACGUCCAGCUGUGCGGCGUGGCCACGGGCCCCGAGGGUCCCUCGACUGGCCUGAUGAAGAACGAGGCUCUGGUCUUACCAACUCACACAACACAGACAUAGUCACCUCCAACCACGAGGCCACAGAGGCCACUGGAGCAGGUCGGCCAGUGCCUCGCCGGAAACCAGCGCCACCCCCACCGUCCCCAGCCGCUCGGGAAGAGCAGAGCCGUGGCUCCACCAGUGCCCAGAAGGUGCAGCAGGCACUGACCCGCUCUAAUAGCCUGUCUACCCCGCGACCCACAAGGGCCUCUCGGCUCAGGCGUGCCCGGCUGGGGGAUGCGUCAGACACUGAGGCUGUGGAUGGUGAACGGGGGGCCCCAGCCAACCCUGAACCAGCAAGCCGGCCAGCCACAGAACAGUCCAAGAAGCUGACACGCCUGGACAUCCUGGCCAUGCCCCGGAAGCGGGCUGGCUCCUUCACAGGGCCCAGCGACUCCGAGGUGGCCCCUACCCGCACUGGCUUCUCUGGCCGCAGUGCUGAGCUGUACUGUGCCAGUCGUAAGCCCACCAUGGCCGAGGCCCGUGCUGCUGCCAGGAAGGCCACCACCACUGCUGCCAACAUGGGCCCCCGCCAGCCUUUCAGCAGGGCUCGCCCAGGCAGCGCCAGAUACUCCUCCAACACGCGUCGCCGGCAGCAAGGCUCGGAUUGCACAUCCACCUCCGAGGAGGAGUACGGCUCCCACCAUGGGUCCCCCAAACACACACGCUCCCAUGCCUCAACAGCCACGCAGACACCACGGGCCAAUAACUCUGGCCGGGCUCGCUCUCGGCCUCCUGGCUCCCGGGACACAGAUGAUGAGGAGGAGCCGGACCCUUACGGUUUCAUCGUGCAGACAGCAGAGAUAGCUGAGAUUGCCAGGUUGAGCCAGACACUGGUGAAGGAUGUCGCUAUCCUGGCCCGGGAAAUCCAUGAUGUGGCUGGAGAUGGUGACUUGCUGGGCUCAUCAGGGCCCACUCAUAGCCCCUCUCUUGGGAACAUGCCCAACACCCCUGCCUCCACCAUCUCCGCCCAUGAGGAGCUCGUGCAGCGCAUCCCUGAGGCCAGCCUCAACUUCCAGAAGGUGCCACCUGGCUCCCUGAACUCUCGGGACUAUGACCAGAACAUGAACGACAGCUGUGAAGAUGCCAUGGCCAACAAGACAAGGCCUCGGAACCGUGAGGAGGUGAUCUUUGAUAACCUGAUGCUGAACCCAGUGUCCCAGCUGUCACAUGCCAUCCGCGAGAACACAGAGCAUCUCACUGAAAAGAUGAAGAUCCUCUUCCAGAACACGGGCCGAGCAUGGGAGGACCUGGAGGCCAGGAUCAAUGCUGAGAAUGAGGUGCCCAUCCUGAAGACAUCCAACAAGGAAAUCAGCUCCAUCCUGAAAGAACUGCGGCGUGUGCAGAAGCAGCUUGAAGUUAUCAAUGCCAUCGUGGACCCCAGUGUGAACCUGGAUCUGCUCACGGGGAACAGGGGUUCCACGGGCCCAGCCCAGCCUGGAUUCGGGAAGGGCCGGACGGCAGCCCAAAGCCCAUCCUCAUCUUCCUCAGUAGAGACCUUGCUCCCGGCUGUGCCCUUGAGGAGUUUCCCACAGCGGGCCAACUGCGGACUACCUGGUGUCCCAGAGCCCGUCUUCCUCCCUGAUGCAGAGAGGUUCCUGAUCUAGGCCACCUGGCUGGGCGAGGCCAGUCUCCCAUGUGCGUGUGUCCUGUGCCUGCCUGUCCACCUCAUGGCCCACUUGCCUGGCCACAGGCCAUUCUCUGU